UCUCUUCAAAUCAACAGUACCCGUGAAGAAGAUGAAGGCACAUACGAGUGUGUGGCUACCAACAGUCUGGGUACGCGCUACUCUUACAAAGCCAACCUGUAUGUUCGGGACACACCCCCUAUGGUGGACGGUUAUACCGCCCGACGCGGGGGCUGCCCUGGAAAUGACAUCUGGAUUAUUUACGCACGCUCCACCACGUUAGAACAGUGUGCUCGGGAGUGCACAAUACAUCCACGAUGUGUCGCCUUCCAGUUCUUUGAUAACCACGAAUGCUACCCAAAGUCCAAGUCUUGUGAGGAAACUGUGAAGACAAACCCAAAGAACGUUUUGUAUGACAGGAUUGUUGAAGUCGACGCUGACCUGUCAUUUGAGGCCCAGCCCGCAGCUGCCUUACACGCAGAACCGAUAUCUCCGCCGGGUAGGGUCGAUGCCAGAAUUCAUAGUCUACAGACGGAUAAACUGACAGAGUCUGAGGCUGAUCCUGAAGCUUCAGGAUUGGUCAGGAAGAUAUUCGGGUUACCCAUAUUCAGGAAAAGACGACUUGUUCCCGACCCACCGGAUGACUCUCCGCCAGACAGCAUCCUUUUUGUUGUUGAAAAAUCACAUCGAUUUCCGCAGUACGAGCUUACAAAGGGGCAGCAGCAACAGGACCUGAUGUCAAUCACGGAGAGAGAAGAUUGAAUUGUCUUCGACAGACCAGUCUACCAAUCAUCAAGUAUGGAGUCAAUCCUGUGCAUAGUGCCAAUUUACCAGAUCUCUUACGAUAAUGGCGUCAUUAGCUUCUUGACCUUAUUUGACAAACGGAAGAGUUUUUGAAUAGUAAUGAAUUAGUAUGAUUUAAAGAUUUACUGCUUGUCUUACAUGUAUAUCAUCAAUGAAAAUUAUAUACACGGCUCGAAUAGAGAUGCACUGAUCAUCUAGCAUAUUGUAAUCCACAUGACCACAUUUUAAACCAUAAUUUAUGUGCAUUAUUUAUCCUUUCUACUUAUUGUUCCUAAAACAACUACCAUAUGUCAGCACACAAUUGAUAACAAAUAACGAAGGUUUGAUAAAAAAGUAAUCUUAUAACUUAUAAAAAACUACUCAGUCAUCACUUCUACGGUUUUUCUUUCAGUAU